AUGUGUAUCAUCAAAUCUACCCCCAGAACCUGCGGCAACUGCGAAGCCGAGGACACCGCGCUUACUAAGAAAGAAGAAUGCGAAGCCGUCAAAGAGGGCAAGGCCUGCUCGGGAGAGAAAACGAUCGUGGGCAACGAUGGAUGGCUGUGUCCAGCAUGCUAUGCCAAUACAGCUCGCGGCUCGUGCUACAGGGUACCAGACGACUAUCAGCCGAAAAUUCGACAGGAAGUCGCCAAGAAAGAUACUGGUUCCUUCACGGAUAAGGUCAAGAAGGUGUUCGGCAAGAAGUAG